UAUUUUUUAUUAAGUGUCUGCUAAAAUGUCGAAUCAAAUGGAGCUAAUGAUGCAGCUCUAUAUGAUGAACUUGCUGCAGCAGCAACAACAACAACAACAACAACAGCAGCAGCCACAGCUACAGCUACAACAGCAACACAUGACAAGCCUUGCUUAUACUCAAAAAGAGGAUAUUAGCAGCAGCACUUGCCUGCAGCAGCAGCAAUACCAAACAGAUCAGCAGCCAGAGCAACAGCAACAGCAACAAAUAACAAGAACGCACAAACGAAUCAAUUCGAAUUGUAGUAGUAGCCGUAGUUGUAGUCCCAAUAGUAAUUUGAAUCUGAAUGCUUUACAACAACAACAACAACAAACAUUUGCUAAUACACUAACAACAACCACACCGAUAACACCUAACAACUACAACAACAACAACAACAAUACUAACAUAGCUUAUCAAUUGCCACAAAUGUUGCUCAGCACGCUGUCGCCAUUUACACAACUAAUGUUGCAACAACAACAGCAGCAGCAACAGCAGCAACAUUUGCUGACAACAGCAACAACAACAUGCAACACUAAUCUGCUACUAACACCUAACACGCCCAGCUGCUUGCCACAAUUCAAGAGCGAGCAGUUUGCUACAAAUAAUUUUCUACAAUCCUCAACAGUGACAUCCACGCCCAUAGAACAAACAGCAAUGACAACAAUAACAGAAGCAGCAGCAGCAACAACAACAACAGCAGCAGCAGCAGCAUCAGUUAAUGUUGCUGAGCAACUAACGGCAAUUGGAGUCAAAUAUGAGCAGGAUUAUGAUGAGGAGGAGGAGGAGGAGGAGGAUGAUAAGCCUCUCUCCAGCCUAAACAGCUGCAGCUCCUCGGGUCUGGAAAGCUACAGCACCGAGAAGUUGCUGCUCAGCGGCACAGCAAUGCAAGUUCAGGACACGCUAAGCAGCGAGUCGCCCAGCAUGUACACGCCAGUUAAGCAGCCAGCGGACUCAUCCUACAAUUCAAUUGGCGAGCCGACGUCAACGCCUGUGGUGCAAAGCAAUUCGCUUUUGACGCCACCUGCAUCCGCGUCCAGUGAGCAGGGCAAGAGCAUUGUUAGCUUGAGUACGGCCAGCAGCUUGGAUGCCUUUCUGCAGAACGAGGAGAAUCUAAAGAAUCUGCGCAAGGUCUCCUCCUAUCUGGAGUGCGAGAACACGCUCUGUCGCCAGGAGACACUGCGCGAGCAUUUUCAUUGCUAUGAUGAGCCCUGCCAGGGCAAGAUACUGAGCAAAAAGGAUGACAUCAUCAGGCAUCUGAAGUGGCACAAGAAGCGCAAGGAGAGCCUCAAGCUGGGCUUUGCACGCUUCAGCUCCGGCGAUGACUGCGCGCCCGCCUAUGGCGAGGGCUGUCCCUACAACUGGAAGCAGACGCACUAUCAUUGCGUCUAUGAGCACUGCCCCAAGGUCUAUGUGAGCACCAGCGAUGUGCAGAUGCACGCCAACUUUCAUCGCAAGGACUCGGAGAUUGUCAGCGAGGGCUUUCGUCGCUUUCGCGCGCACGAGAACUGCCGCAUCGAGGAUUGCCCCUUCUACGGCAAGAAGAUCUCACACUAUCAUUGCUGUCGCGAGGGCUGCAAUCACACGUUCAAGAACAAGGCCGACAUGGACAAGCACAAGACGUAUCAUCUGAAGGACUAUCAGCUGACGCAGGAUGGCUUCAAGAAAAUACUCAAAACGGAGCAGUGUCCCUUCGACGGCUGCAAGUUCUCCACUGUCUGCAAUCACAUCCACUGCGUGCGCGAGCACUGCAACUAUAUUCUGCACUCCAGCAGCCAAAUGAUUAGCCACAAGCGCAAGCACGAUCGCCAGGAUGGCGAGCAGGCGUAUCAGCAGUUCAAGUGCAAGCAGGAGGAUCCAGAGGAGGCCACAUCGCUCGAUAGCUCACCAGCUGCCCCUGUUCCCGCUGCCAACUUGCAUACGGCCAACUCCACGCCGCUCUCCUCGCUCUCCGCUGAGCACUUUCUGGCGCGCAAGCGUGGACGUCCGCCCAAGAAAAUUCAACUGCCCGCGGAUACGAAGCGCAUCAAGCUGGAGGACAACGACAGCAAUUCAGCCGCAGCGCCUGUGGCAGCGCCUGCUGCACUGCCCGGCAGCAGCAACUUGUUUCCCAAUCUCAUAGCUGAUGCAACGACGCCAAAUUUCCAGCUAACACAUCUCAUGGCGCUGUUUCAGCUACAGAACCCGCUCUUCUAUCAGAAUCUCUAUCCUGGCGUAGCAACGCCACAGUUUAGCAAUCUGGCCGCCUUUAGCGCAGCUGCAGCGGCAGCAGCAGCA